AUAAAUUAUUAUAAAAUAAAACUACCAACACAGUGUAAUUUAUAUCUAAUUUGAGAAAAUUCAAACCAAAAACAAACACAUUAGUCAUCAUUUGCCAUUUGUACUGUUUAUAUAAUUAUUUAAAAAAUAGAAUAAUUAAUUGAAUACGCUAAACCAGCUGCCACGCAACAGUCUUUUGCCCCAUAAACGCACUUUUUCCAACGCCAAAGCGCAUAUUUACGCACAUAAUCAAGCAUGACUGCGCUCUGUCAUAGCCAUAAACGCACUUAACCCACAACACUGCACACGAACAAUAACCAAAAAGUGCCACAAAAAUGUUGCAAGCCAUUGAAACAACGCCACAAAAAUUCAACAACAACAAUAACAAUACAAAUACAUUGCACAGUACGCCAGCGAGCGUCAGCAAGGCGCACGCCACACCCCCAACUGCCACAGCAGUAACAACAAAUAACCAAAGUCAAAGCGCUAACGCUGAGGAGAAGCAACAACGGCGUCGCUCGACAUUCUACGUACCGCUUGUCAUUGAGGACGACGACGAUCACAACGAGCCGACCUCAAGGCAGUCAAACGACUUGCCGGCGAGCAGUAACAGUUUAGUACAUGCAGAUACCAGUAGUUUAGGCGGACAGUCGAGCGCCUCCAAUACAAGCACGAGCACAGCGCCGGAACGUAAAAGCGUAUCGAGUUGUAGCGGUAGCGCUAGCGGCAGUGGCAGCAGAAGCAAAGCUGAAAAGAAUAGUAAUAACAAUAAUUUGAAAAAGUCGACCUCGUUGAAGAACGCAAGCGCGACAUCGAAGGUGGCGGCACUGCUCUUCGAACGCACCAACAGUACUUUGGGUUUCGGUACCAGCGGCAGCAGCAACAACAGCAGCGCGGGCAGUGGUGUAGUGAAGCGCAACAGUGCGAAGAAAAUGUCACCACCCUGUGGCUUCAAUUGGACAAUCAGCGGUACCACCGCCGAUACAGAUUUGGAAGAGGACAGUGAUGCGCCGGAAUCGUUAACCGCGUCUGAGGUCACCAAAAACGCCGGCAAAGAGAAAUUAAAGCUGAGUCGUUUAACGCAAAAGUCCGAAAAACGACACAGCACGAGCAGUAAAAGCUCUCUAAAUAGCAAUGCUACAACCGCAUCGUUGCCGAGCAGCAAGGCAAUGCAAAAAGCAAGCGUGAAUGCCAAGACCAAACGUUAUGGUAUCGUGCUAAAUGGCAUAAGUUUGGACGACGAGCAAUUACAAAUCGCACAGCCGACGCACGCAAGCAACAAGUCGACGCCAACGAAAACACAAAGCAAUUUAGUCGAGUUCAAUGAGGACGAUAUCGUGCUGGCGACCCCCAACAAACAGGCGCGCAGUUCGAGAACACAGCCAACGCCCGGCAAACCGACGACGAGCAGCGUUAAUAAAAAUAUUAAUAAUAACAGUAAUAGUGCGCGCACAACAAAACUUGGCCGGCGUGCGGACAACUGGCGUAACAUAGAUGCGCACGAUUCUGAUAUUGAUGUUGUUGACGACGAAUCGUUACCGCAUUCGGAUAUGGAUACCGAUGACAAUCGUAACGAUGGCGACAACGACGACGACGACGAUGAUUCAGAGAUAAGCCGCAUACAAACGAACACAUCGACACCGAUCAAAAUGAUGAAAUCACGUUCGCGUACGAAUAUCUUAUCGGUACCGAGUGUGGAACAGCACAACCUAUUGAGCGUAGCCGCAGCUGCUGUCAAACCCAAUGCAAACGCCACACCGCUAUUAUUGCGCGCCAAGUCCAAAACGCUCCCACAAAAUUUAUCCCCUUCAGUUGUAUUACAACAGUCGGAGGCAUUGUUUGACGAGUGCAGUACGAGUGGUACGUGUCAAACGAAAACUACAAAAACGACGGGUGGUGGUGCGGUCGGUACGAACACCUCGCGCACUGCACGCCUAAUCGGUCCGUUAACUAAGGUACACCAUAAUUUAUUCGGUGGUAGUGUUGCCAGUCAUAUAGGCGCUAGUGCUACAACAAACAACAACGUUAGCGGCACUGUCAAGAGUAAAGAUGCCAACAAGCUCGCGCACAGUUCGUCUACAUCGUUGAUUACACAAACUUUUCCACCCAAACAUUUAUUCCUGCUCAAGUCCACAUCAAAGUUGCCCACUAGCAAUACGAGCUCUGCAUCAACGAGCCUGGAACAAAGCAAAUCGAAGGCAACGAAAAGUUUCAGUUCGGAUACAUCGAUUACCUCACCACCAAACGCGAGUGUUAUACAAACGCAAACGGUGACGUCACCGCCAAAGAAAUCGUUGAGUUUUAUACGUCGCGCUCAUUCAACGAAAUUGUCGCGUAAUAAUUCGCUACUCAAAUCGAUCGCCAGUCAACAUCAACAGAAUAUACAACAGUCGUCAUCGUCGUCGUCAGCUAAUAUGGCCGGUAAUUGGAUAGUGGACUGCUCGGGCAGUUGGGGUAAGGACUUCUACUUGAAUUACGAUGUGUGUCCGUUAGCGCUGGACGAGCUCGAGUCGUAUUUUCGUUCGGAACGUUGUACGACCUUAAUACGCGAACGGUUUAAAAUAUUGGAUAUACCAUUGAACUGCUCAGCAGCGGAUGAAUCGCAUCAUCAGCAACAACAGGAUAGCUCGUUGCGUGAGCUCGACACCAGCUGUAGUAGUCAGCAGCUCCUGAGAGUGCCCGGCACUACGGAAGACGAUGAUGCAGGACAUCAUUCAGACACUUCAUAUGAGAAGGCUUGCAGGCGUGGCUCCGCACCAGCGACACCCAUAUUGGGUCAGAAGCAACAGCAACAAGAGAAUAAUACAACCUCAAGAUUUACGAAUUUCUUUUCAAAACGAUCAAAUCCACUCAAACGUACAAAGUCAGUUACCAAAUUGGAACGCACCAAAAGAGGCUCAGGCGGCUUGCGCGGCUCGCGUUCACAUGAGAGCUUGCUCUCUAGUCAUGCAGUCAUGUCGUCGAUCGAUCUCUCCUGCACCGGUGCCGUUGGCGUCGCGCCUGUGCAUCAAUCGGUGCUCGGCCGUCGGCACUGCUUUCAAGUGCGGGGCGGUCCGCGUGGUGAGCGCUACUACGCCUGCGGUUCGCGUCAAGAGCGCGAUCUGUGGAUUUACUCACUGCGCAAAUCCAUAUCGCCGAACGCCGAGCACACACGCCACACAGACAACUCGCUUAAGAUGUGGAUCUAUGAAGCGAAAAAUUUGCAACCAAAGAAGAAAUAUUUCUGCGAACUACACCUCGACAAAGCGUUGUAUGGACGCACCAGCGUGAAGCUGCAAACAGACUUGUUAUUCUGGGGUGAAUAUUUCGAUUUUCCCGAUGUACCCGACAUCAAUGUGAUCACAGUGAAUGUAUUUCGCGAGGUGGAGAAGAAGAAGAAGCGCGACAAGCAUAUGUUUGUUGGUUCAGUAAAGAUACCGAUACACGAAGUGACAUCGCGCAUAUUCUCCGAGGAUUGGUAUCCGAUAUUAAGUGAGAAAUCUAACGACAGCUUGAACCGCAACGGCAAAGAGGUAACGCCGACGUUGCGUAUCAAGUGUCGCUUCCAAAGCACCGACAUACUGCCGAUCAAUGUGUAUGCCGACUUUCUCGAGUAUUUGAAGAAUAAUUAUAAACGCGUUUGUGAAACGCUCGAGCCGGUGAUCGGCGUGAAAGCCAAAGAGGAUAUUGGGCAAGCGCUCGUCUUGCUAAUGCACGCGCAAGGUUUAGCCGGCGCUUUCCUAACCGAUGUGGUAGCAUUGGAUUUGCUGCGUGUCGGCGAUCAGCGUCUCACAUUCCGCGGCAAUUCGUUGGCGACCAAGAGCAUGGAAGCUUUUCUGAAAUUAACUGGCGAACAGUAUUUGCAAGACACACUCUCUGCGCCAAUCAAUGAGAUCAUACAGUCCGAUCGCGACUGCGAAGUGGAUCCGACCAAAGCGAGCGGCUCGUUGCAACGACAACAGGCCUCAUUACGUGCCGCCGUGCGCAGCGCCUGGCAGUGCAUCUACGAGUCACACAAACAUUUUCCACAACAGUUGCGCUCAUGCUUCGCGACUUUCAGAGAGCGCUUGCAGCAGCUGGGCCGUCAAGAUAUGGCGGAUAAUUUGAUAUCGGCAUCCAUUUUUUUGCGCUUCCUCUGCCCGGCUAUACUGUCGCCCAGUCUGUUCAAUAUAACCAAUGAGCUGCCCUCUGCGCGCGCCACACGUAAUCUAACGCUUGUCGCCAAGACACUACAAACGCUGGCGAAUUUCACACGCUUCCAGGGCAAGGAGAGCUUUAUGGAGUUUCUCAAUGACUUCCUCGAGCAGGAGGCGCCACGCAUGAAAGAGUUCUUGCAACAGAUCUCCACGCGUCCCGAACAUGCCGCACCCGAGUCCAUACUUGACUGGGCUGGCUACAUCGAUCAGGGCAAACAGCUUUCUAUUUUGCAUAUACUGCUUAGCGAAAGUAUUAGCAAGCUGCCGGAAGCGCGUCAACACGAACUUGAUCCACUACAGCACAUCUUAGAUGAGAUCACUAAAGCCAAAGAGAGCAACAAUUUCAUGCAACACAUGCCGCACAUGUGCCCCAGCACGCAUGCGCCCACUGAGAACCAGGAGAACCGCAAUCCUGAGGAUAUGGCUAUGCAGGUGCAGCACCAGCAACAACAACAGCAACAUCAGCCCAUACAGCAUCAAGCGCAGUUGGCGCAGCCGCAGCAUGCGGUCGUCACAAAGCCAAUGUCGGCUGAGCGCGGCAUCAUGCGCGGCGUCUUAACGCCCAGCUCGUUGGAGAAGAACAUCUUCCGCUACAACGAUCCAACAGUCAAUGCGCUGCUACAGCAACAACAGCAGCAGCAACAACACGCGCACGCGCACCAACUACAGUCACAACAUGCAAUGGGCAGCAAUAGCGCGCUUGACAAGCGCCACUCGAAUUCACAAAGCUCCAUUGCCGGCGGCUACAUGAGCACACAGCUGCAGCAUGCGCAGUCACAAAGCUCGCUGGCUUCGUCAUCGAUUAACGGCGGUGGCGGCAGCAGUCACAAUCUACUCACCAAUGUACAGCAUCACUGUCCGCCUGCGCCUGCCGCAAGCGCCAGCAAUACCAUUGAGCGUCUGCAUGUUGGCGCCGGCGGUAACGCGCACUACUACGGCCUCAUGGGAAAUAGCAAUGGCAACAUGAGCUCGUCGCUUGCUAGCAGCAGUAAUUUAAGCAGUCACAAUGGUAAUGACAGUGACGGCACCGCCGCUGGCAUGUUGCGCGCCACUACACUACCGCGCGGCAACAACAACAAUUACGAUGAGUUGGCCAAUGGUGAGUUUAUACAAAUAUCUGGCUUGGACUCAAAUAGCGCCUUUGUGCGCAAGUCGCCCACGCCGCUGCUGAAGGGCAACGCCGCAUUGUUGCAGCAACAACAGCAACAGCAACAGCGUCAGAAGCUACACAACUCGAAUGUGAGCUUGGUAUUGAAUGAGCGCACGCCAAGCAAAUUGAAUUUGGGCAUACCUGAUCACAGCAGCGCUUCCACACCGCUGGCACACAAGCUGCCCGCAUACCAAAGACCGCCGCCCGCAGCAGGCGCGCACCUGCAUGCGUCGCGCGACUCCAAUCCGCACCCGAAUAUGCCCAUGAAUCUGGAAGAUCUUGAUGAUCUCUUCAAGUACGCCGAGGAGCACGCAGUGGUCGGUGAGGUGGUGACUUCGGCGACGCAAGCCGCCGGUCAACACGGCAAGAGCGCGCGUGAGCAACUGUCGGCUAAAAGUAGCCACUGCUCGUCGGGUUAUCAAAGCAUCGCCACGAAUCCGCCGUCACAGUCGUCGAGCCCCAUCGAACAACAGCAACAGCAGCAACAACAACAGUUACAACAACAAAAAAGCGUUGGUGGCAAUACACCGCUCGCCUUCAAGAAUCCCACAUACCAGCUACAGCAGCAACAAUCAACGAGCGGCGCUGCGCCAGCGCAUCAUCACCACCACCAUCAUCAUCAUCAGCGCGUCAACUACAGCAGCGGUUUUCACGCCGGCAGCAAUGGCCAGCAACAAUCGGCGCAUCAACAACUCUUUGGCUCUAACGCCGCGCAACGCCCGAAACCACAUGGUGGCGGCCUGGUGGCAGCGCGCGCAGCGCUACUGAACAACGGUGGCGCACUAACACCCUCCUCGUCGGAGGAGCGCCUCUCCACUGACAACUACCAUGGCUUUGGUGGCGGCAACAACAUGAACAAGCUUAUGAAAUCGCCCUCACACGGUCACUUAGAGGCACAGCGCUCGCUCAGCGGCGGCAGCAGUUCAUCUUCGUCGGGCGCCAAUAUGGGUUUGGGACCCAUUUCAAUGCAAUCCAACACAAGUGGCGCACGCAUGCCACGCACCAAUCCGCAAUUCAAACGCGAAGAUAAUUACGGUCCAUUGAAUGGCAGUAGUAGCGGCAGUUAUAUGCCAGCCGCUGUGGCAGCUUCGAACGCAGCGAGCGGCCUCUUCAGCAAUAGCGCUUUUGGUAAGCCGAGCAACGGCUUAGCACACAACAGCGCGAAUAUAAGCGGACGUUAUCAGCGGCGUUUGAGCUUGGACUCGGCGCGCACGUUAUCAGACAGCUCCACAGACACAGAAGGCCACUGUGCGCCACAUGAAGGCAAGCGUCGUCGUCAGCCGCGCGCACACACAAACUCCGGCAAUCAUCAGCAGCACCACAUGGCGGCCGGCAACAGCAGUACGGGCGGUAGCGCUGGCAGCGCAAACAGCGGCAGCUUUGACCAAAAUGGCGAAAUACAGUUACUGCAGGAAACACUCGACACGCUGCGGCACACGCUCGAUCGCGACGAAGCCGAGCUCCGCGACUCCAGCGAUGAGUUGUUUGCGCUAAACCGCCACAAUAGCGUCAAUGGUGGCAGCGGCGGCAGCGGUGUCAGCAAUCUAAGCAUGCAAUCUGAGUCGACCAUGCGCAGUAUUAUCGAUAGUUCGUUUUCCACAACUCUCUCCAGGCUUAUCACAAUGGAGGAGGAGCUGCGACGUGAACAGCUGAAAAUGUCGUUGGCGCUGUCACACAAGCAGCGCGUCAUCGAGGAGCAGGGUCAGCAAAUCGCCGCGCUAGAUGCGGCCAACAGUCGUCUCUUAAGCGCGCUUACCGCGCUGCGGCAUCGCUAUGAAACACAGCAACAGCAGCAGCAGCAGCAACAACAACAAACGAGUUUAGCAGGCGCAAGUGCACAGCAGCAGGCGCAGUGAACCCAGCAGCGUGCUUAGCGUUUAAAGUUAUGUAUUAAUUUUAAUUCUUAAAUUAAAUUUAUUAAAUUAUUUACGCGUUAGUGUUUAGUGCGCGCCGCAGCGUAAAGUCGGCAGCGCGGUAUGAAUUUCUUAGUGAAGAGUAAAAUGUAAUAAACAAAGAAACAAGGCGAUAAGCUUUCAUUUUGCGCGCUCAGUGUAAAAGAUAUACGUUUCCAAAAAUUUAGCUUUUAGACGCGUUGCUUGUUUUAAGUUAUUUUAUGGCUAACGAGUUUUUAUAUACACACAUACAUAUGUAUAUAAACAACUAUAUAUUCGAUUUGUUGCGAAACUAAACUUUUGUAAAAUUUAAUAACUGCCGUUUCCGACUGGUUUUGAUUUACUAUUUAUUAUUACAUUUUUUUUAUUAUAG